CACAACAGCCACAUCCCAUUUACAGAGUGUCUUUCCUAGCCUGCUGUGGUAGGAUCAGAAAGGACAAAUUUGGAGGGGGUGGAUGGUGUUUCUUAAAUGUACGGGAGUGGCUGCAGGCAAGUCUAAUCUGAUAUCUUUUCUAUUUGUGAGGCAAGACAGGGAAUUUAAAGAAUGAAGUCCCCUCUAACUUUCACCCAUUAAGCUGCUGUUUUAUGCUGUGACUAUCUCUUCAGGCUCUUGUUUUGUGAAUUUCCCCAGUAUGGGCUGUGUUUCUAUGUUAUUCUCAGCCUGCUCUGCUGUACAGGCUGGAAUACAAGUUUGCACAUAGCAGGGCUUCCUGGGCUAGGCUCCUGCAGACCUCCAAGUACCAUGGAGGGAAUGUGUUGUGUCCUGAGAUAUCUCUGUCUGUUUCCAAUACCUUAUUUUUUGAUCCUCCUUUGUUUUGCUUCUCUUCAGCUUAAUGAAUAUUUUCUUAUACAGAUCUACAGUGCUCUGUGUGAUGAAACCCUGUAAUGAGCAGCUGCAGAGUGUGGCUUUUUACAGUCUGAAUGAACAAGACACUCAGAAAACAAGUUUGAAGGGAGUUGUGUAGGCCUACCAGCAGAGUUUGGGCACAAUGGCUACAGUAGCCCAGAAGCAUUUUUUGGAAGGGCAGAUGUAUUCAGUCCCCCUGAUCCAACCGGACUUACGCAGGGAGGAGGCUGUUCAGCAGGUGGCGGAUGCACUUCAGUAUCUGCAAAAGGUGUCGGGCGAUAUCUUCAACAGGAUCUCUCAGCGGGUGGAGGCCAGCCGGACACAGCUUCAGGCGAUCAGUGAGAGAGUCACACUUGCCCAAGCGAAGAUUGAGAAGAUAAAGGGCAGCAAGAAGGCUAUUAAGGUAUUUUCCAGUGCCAAGUAUCCAGCCCCUGAACGGCUACAGGAGUACAGUUCAAUUUUUGCUGGUGCAGAAGACCCAGCUAAACAGAAAUGGCCAAGGCACAAGAUUCAGAGCAAACACCGAAUGCUGGAUGAAAAAGCUCUGCAGGAGAAGCUCAAGUACUUCCCUGUGUGCGUGAGCACAAAAGUUCACCAGGAGGAUGACGCAGAAGAAGGCCUUGGCAGCCUCCCCAGGAACAUCAGCUCCCUCAGCUCCCUACUGCUCUUCAACACCACUGAGAACCUGUACAAGAAGUAUGUUUUCCUGGAUCCUCUGGCUGGAGCAGUGACCAAAACCCAUGUUGCUCUGGAAACAGAGACAGAAGAGAAGCUCUUUGAUGCUCCUCUUUCCAUCACCAAAAGGGGACAGCUGGACCGACAGGUAGCUGAAAAUUACUUCUACGUGCCAGAUCUGGGCCAGGUCCCCGAGAUUGAUGUGCCAUCCUACCUGCCAGACCUACCUGGCAUUGCUGCAGAUCUCAUGUACAGUGCUGAUCUGGGCCCCGGCAUCGCACCGUCUGCCCCUAGCAGUGCUAUUCCAGAGCUGCCCACUUUCAACACUGAGUUGGCGGAGCCUUUGCAACCAGACCUUCAAGAUGCUGAGCUACUGCCCCCUCCUCCACCACCACCUCCACCACCGCCUCCUGUUAUGCCAACCACUGUGCCGCCACCACCGCCCCUGCCCCAGCCCACAGCCCUCUCUGAGCCAGCCCAGACAGCAAGCGAGGACAGCAGCAGUGCAGUGCCUGCAGCUUCAGUCCAGGGAGCCCCGAAGGAGGUUGUGAACCCCUCUACUGGGCGUGCCAGUCUCCUGGAGUCUAUCCGCCAGGCUGGUGGCAUUGGCAAGGCCAACCUCCGCAGUGUCAAGGAGAGGAAGCUGGAGAAGAAGAAGCAGAAGGAACAAGAACAAGUGAGAGCUACAGGACAAGGUGGAGAUUUGAUGUCAGACCUCUUCAACAAACUGGUGCUGAGGCGUAAAGGUAUUUCAGGAAAAGGGCCAGGAGCCUCUGGAAAUCCUGAUGCUCCUGGAAGUCCAGCUGGUGCCUUUGCUCGUAUGUCAGACUCAAUACCACCCCUCCCACCCCCACAGCAGCCCGCGGGUGAGGAGGAUGAGGAUGACUGGGAGUCAUAGAGAGGUCAGUUGAGCAUCAGUGUAAAUCCCAGGGCUCUUGAAAUAAGCACCUUUGAGAGACACCAGCCUGCGGCAGUACCCUUGAGAGGGUGGGUACUGGCGUGGCAUGGGGAUCCUGUAGUUUCUUUUUGAAGAGAAGCAGGAACAACAGGAGCCAACUGCUGCUGAAGUUCUCGUUACCAAUGAGGGUUUCUGUUCUGCUCUGUGCUGUUCGCCACCCUAAAUGCUACUGCAUUCCACCUCAAAUACUGCUGUGGCUCAUGCUGGUGCAAUAAAUCCUGCCUCAGCUGGCAGGCAGUGGGGCAGCCUGUGCUUCAGAGGAUCAGAACUAGCAUUGCUCCUGAUUUAAAGGGCCCUCAGUUUUUCCUAUGUGACUGGUGAUGACUGCAAAAGCAUCUCUUGCAGGCAAACAGCCCUUGCCCGAUUUGUCUCCGUGCUUGCUGAAGCUCCUGUUUGCUUGGUUGUUGCUAGAAGAGAGAACGUGUGUGUGUGUGUGUGUGUCCCCGUCCCUUCACAGAGGUCUAAUUCCUGGUGCCUCUGCACUCAAUGGUUUCUUUCUCUACCUGGCUUAUGGUAAUUCUUUGCCUGUUGCUGUCAGAAAAAUUUCAAUAAAGUUGAAGGAAGCAGGUC